GCCGAGCGCGGGACUCCAUGUGGGCGCCGGCGCGGAGUGGGUGAGGCGCGGGAUCGCCAUGGCGGAGAUGCAGCAGCUGCGGGUACAGGAGGCGGUGGACUCCAUGGUGAAGAGUCUGGAAAGAGAGAACAUCAGGAAGAUGCAGGGCCUCAUGUUCCGGUGCAGUGCCAGCUGCUGUGAGGACAGCCAGGCCUCCAUGCAGCAGGUGCAUCAGUGCAUUGAACGCUGCCACGCGCCUCUGGCUCAAGCUCAGGCCUUGGUGACCAGUGAGUUGGAGAAGUUCCAGGACCGCCUGGCCCGAUGCACCAUGCAUUGCAAUGACAAAGCCAAAGAUUCAAUAGAUGCGGGAAGUAAAGAGCUUCAGGUGAAACGGCAGCUGGAGAGUUGUGUGACCAAGUGUGUGGAUGACCACAUGCACCUCAUCCCGACCAUGACCAAGAAGAUGAAGGAGUCUCUCUUGUCCAUUGGGAAAUAGAAGUCUUUGCAAUUGGCCAUCAGGGCUGACCAGCAGGAAUCUAUUUAAAAAGAAAUGGGAGUUUUUGUCUUUUAAGUGAAGUUCAUGAAGAAAUUAAGGAUGGCAGCAAGUGUGAGGCAUGUGUCACUUGCCUCUGGAUACUGGUUCCUUUAUGUUUCAACCCUAGAAAGUGAAAUGGAAAAAACUGGUGCUAAAAUUUGGGUUAGAGAUGGUCACAGGAAAGUUUUUGAUAGCCUAAAUUUCAUGUGCUUGGCCUGGCUCUAGGGAUUCCUUGUACCAAGCCAGAGCCUUCCAAGAUACCAGGUUGUUCUCAGUACACAGCUACCAGCAGGCUGGCAGGUUCCUCUAACCUGCCUAUGAUUUGGUGGUAUAAGCAGAGGUGUUUCUGUUUGUUGCCAACCUCCUGUUUACCAGAAGGAUCAUCAAAUCGUUUUCUAUAAGCUGUAAAACAAAAUCCACAAGGUUACUAAUUUAGAAGGGAAAAAAGGUUUCUGGGUCUUUGUUUUGCUUGGUUUUGUUUUAUAUACAAGGGCAUGAGGUUGAUUUAAGAUGUGGAGUUGGGAGAGGUAGUCAGAUAAGAACUUUGAACAGUUCUUGUGGAUAUCUCUUCCUGGCCAUCAAGAUGUGGAUAUACAUUUCUUGAAAUAUACAUUAUAUCUUUCAGCUAGGAGACCCUGUAAAAACAUGACAAGCGAUGUUACACUGGGUAUGGGAAGCGGACUUUCCCUCUCACUGGCUGCCAUGAUGGGCCCUGAGGCUAUCUGCAGAAGAGCAACAAGACAAUCUCGGAAGUGACACUCUCCCUUGAAGGGAAAGGGGGUUUUUAUUGCACUAUAUACCAGUAUCCAUGAAUGAACAUUGAAGGAGGAACUGUUGUCUUCUUAAUUGUGAGAGUUAUUAAAUACUGGAUGUGGAAAAACCUGGUUUUUAUAGAACAGAAUGGAAUGAAGGCCUAAACUCAGUAUUGCUUAUUUUGCCCCCUGAAAUAACAGAGCCCUAUUGAGACAAUCCCUUGGCAACAGGAAGGUCAAUGGAGAAAAAGUAGGCAAUCAGGGGUGAGCUGUGAUUCCUUUAAAGGAAAAGAGGGGCAAGCCCCUAUUACCAAAUACCACUUUUGCCUGGGGCCUUUGCAGCAAGCAGUGUUCCUGCCCCAGCUCUAGCAUCUUUUCAUUUUGAUAAGGACCUUACUGUCUUUUUACCAGCUUAUUACUUGAAAUGAUAAUAUAGCCUGUGUUUGGUGUUUCAAGGCUGUGAUAUAUUUUCCUAGUGGUUCAGUUUUAAAAAAUAAAGGUUUAGUUUUUCCUCCACUAUUAUGUUUCUUAUGCCUGGG